UGCUUUUAGACCGUUGUAUGGGUCAAAGCAAAAGAAAAAGUAAAAAAUACCAGUUUAUCAAUGAUCAUCUUUUAUACGAACACCGCCUGAAGCUGAAAUGAUUGAAAUCCCACCACUUUGAUAAACCCCCACCCUUCAAUCAUUCAAACAAACGCACACUCUUCUCUCAUCUCAUCAUUCCCACCAAUUCUCUCUCUCUCUCUCUCUCUGUGCAUAGAUUAUAUUUUUUUUUUUUUGAGACAUUGAAAUUAAAAGGAGGUCAUUGAUGGAUCUCUCACUUUCUCAAUCUAUAAUUCCAACCCCAAUUAUUCCCUACAAUAAAUCCCACACUUUCAAUUUCACACUGUUCCCGAAUUUCCCCAACUCGAAUUCCAAAUCCAAACACUUCCUUAGGAAGCCUCUGAUUUCGCGCCAAAACCGUCCAAUCAGAAUCAGAGCUCAAACCCCCAGUGUCAAUAAUAAUGAGCAUAAUGACGGUUUUGUCCUCGAAGACGUCCCUCACUUGACCAAUUUCCUCCCCGAUUUGCCGUCCUAUCCAAAUCCAUUACAAAACAGUAAAGCUUAUGCCAUUGUCAGGCAAACUUUUGUACACCCUGAAGAUGUAGUUGCACAAAAAGUUGUUGUUCAGAAAGAUAGUCCUAGAGGAGUACAUUUUAGGCGGGCGGGGCCUCAAGAAAAGGUUUAUUUUAAGUCAGAAGAAGUGCGGGCUUGCAUUGUGACGUGUGGAGGUUUAUGUCCGGGAAUCAAUACGGUGAUACGAGAGAUUGUAUGUGGCUUGAACGUUAUGUAUGGCGUUGAUGACAUACUUGGAAUCGAGGGAGGAUAUAGAGGUUUUUACUCUAAGAAUACCAUGAGAUUGACACCUAAAGUUGUCAAUGAUAUUCAUAAACGUGGUGGCACCUUUCUUCGCACUUCACGAGGAGGUCAUGAUACGCAUAAGAUAGUUGAUAACAUUCAGGAUCGGGGAAUAAAUCAGGUGUACAUUAUUGGAGGAGAUGGCACCCAAAAAGGAGCAGCUCUAAUUUCCAAGGAAGUUGAGAAACGUGGUCUUCAAGUGGCAGUUGCCGGGAUUCCCAAGACAAUUGAUAAUGAUAUUGCCGUCAUAGAUAAAUCUUUUGGUUUUGAUACUGCUGUUGAAGAAGCUCAGAGGGCCAUUAAUGCUGCACACGUGGAGGUUGAAAGUGUGGAAAAUGGAGUUGGAAUUGUUAAACUUAUGGGCAGAUAUAGUGGUUUCAUUGCCAUGCAUGCAACAUUGGCAAGUCGAGAUGUGGAUUGUUGUUUGAUUCCAGAGUCUCCAUUCUAUUUGGAAGGCCGGGGUGGGCUUUUUGAGUUUGUUGAAGAGCGACUUAAAGAAAAUGGACAUAUAGUUAUUGUGUUAGCAGAAGGAGCAGGCCAGGAAUAUGUUGCUCAGGAUUUGCAUCAGGUUGAUGAGAAAGAUGCAUCAGGAAACAGGCUAUUACUAGAUGUUGGUCUAUGGUUGUCUCAUAAGAUCAAGGAUCAUUUUACAAAUUUUAAGAAGAUGGCGAUAAAUAUGAAGUAUAUAGAUCCUACAUACAUGAUUCGAGCUAUUCCAAGUAAUGCAUCAGACAAUAUCUACUGUACUCUUCUUGCUCAUAGUGCAGUUCACGGGGCAAUGGCCGGAUACACUGGUUUUACAGUCGGACCUGUUAAUAGCAGACAUGCUUAUAUUCCAAUUGCUCGCGUGACUGAGACACAAAACAUAGUGAAGCUGACAAAUAGGAUGUGGGCUAGACUUCUGGCAUCAACGAAUCAACCUAGUUUCUUAAACAGUGAUGAGGGGAUCCCAGAAAAAGUUGAUCAAGAGCCUAUUGAAGUUAUGAACAGUGUGAAAACUACAUCAGUCUAGAAACUAUGAUUUGAGUUCAUAUCCAAAUUAAUCAGCGUCAUUUCUUGAUUGCAUUUUUUGCUGAGAGCUCUUUGCUCUUGCAGUUCUGAACAGGUUCUGUGGUUGCUCUCCUUAUAUGGUGAAUCUCAUUGAGUUAUAGGUGGCUCAAAAUCAAUUGUAGGCUACAUCUUAGGUUGGGUAUUGCAAGCAUCGAUUUAAGUUAUAGUGAUGAUAAAUUAUACAUAGGAAGAUUUCUUAGAUACAAAUGUUUUAAAUGUAGCUUGACCAAAGAAUAAUACAAGAAUACAUAAUGCUGCUAAUGAAAAGUAUAUGUUUUCUUUCUAUAGGGGACCUGUGCCAUCUGGAACUUGUUGGCUUAUUGUUGAAUUCUAUGUAAUGAUGAGAGAAUCUAAAGCAUGAAAAUUAUUUAUGAACAGAUUUUUGACUA